UCAGGUUUGGGGGCAGACAUCUCUCAGGUGCAUUGGAAGCAGCAGUGGCUGGAGAACGGAACGCUGUAUUUCCACGUGUCCAUGAGCACCUCUGAGCAGCUGAUACAGACAACCGUGCCCACGGCCCAGGAGCCUGCUCACGUCCUGCACGAACACAUGCACCUGCUGCACAUCUCUGUUAUGGGAGGCCUGAUCGCUCUCCUCCUCCUCAUCCUUCUCUUCACACUGGUGCUGUACACCCGUCACCGCUGGUGCAAGCGCCGGCGCAUCCCCCAGAAGAGCGCCAGCACCGAGGCCACCCAUGAGAUCCACUACAUCCCCUCUGUGCUGCUGGGACCCCAGGGUAGGGACAGCUUCCGGGGGUCCCGCCAGCUACAGCACAGCUCUGUCAUCGGCAUGCCCAUCCGGGAGACCCCCAUACUGGAUGACUACGACUGUGAUGAGGACGAUCAGAUGGGUCACACACACACCUCCACACCCAACCAGGUCCACAACCAGCUGAUUGAUGGGAAAGUCCAGGGCCUGGAUGAGUAUGGGCCCAGCCAGGGGACACAUACCCACAACCAGCACACUGACAGCCUGAGGAAGGGGGAGGACAGCCUCCAACACAGUCUGGAUAAAAGAGCCCUUGACCCCAAGCAGGAGACGGUCGAGGCAUUGAUGCAGCGGUUUAAGGAGAGUUUCCGUCCUAACACGACCAUGGAGAUCGGCCACUUUCAACAUGUCACACACAGCUCCUCCACAGGACGCAAGAGAGGACCAAGCCACACCAGAGUGGCUGGUAGUGUGUUUGGGCGCCAAGGAGACUCGGGGUCAGAGGGUGAUGAUGAGACCCAGCUGAAGUUCUACACAGAGCAGCACAGAGGCCGCCGGCGCGGCAGAGGUUGUCCACACAGCCCGAUGAACAAGGCCACUCUGACGUUGAUCACCAUCAGUACGUGUGUCCUGGCUGUGGUUUACGGCACGCAGCUCUCCUGCUCUCUAACCGUCAAGGUCACGCUCCACGUGCCCGAACACUUUGUUGCCGACGGAAGUAGUUUUGUGGUGAGCAUGGGCAGUUUCCUGGAUGUGUCUAACUGGCUGAACCCUGCCAAGCUGAUCCUAUAUUACCAGACCAACUCCUCCACCCAGUGGGUCAGAGACUACUGUGGCCAGAGGACCACCGAGCCAUGUGAACAGCUGUGUGACCCAGAGACGGGUGAAUGCAGCUGUCAUGAGGGCUAUUCCACUGACCCGGUGCAUAAACAUCUCUGUGUUCGCAGUGACUGGGGACGCAACGAAGGUCCCUGGCCCUACACCAACCUGGAGAAGGGUUAUGACCUCGUCACAGGGGAACAAACGCCAGAAAAGAUAUUCAGGUCGUCCUACAGCCUAGGCCAGGGUCUGUGGCUGCCAGUCAGUAAGAGCUUUGUGGUGCCACCGGUGGAGCUAUCAAUCAACCCCAUCGCCAGUUGCAAGACUGAUGUGCUGGUGACAGAGGACCCUGGGGAUGUCAGGGAGGAGGCCAUCAUGUCCACCUACUUUGACACAGUAGAUGAUCUCCUGGCGUCUUUCGGCCCGGUCCGAGACUGUUCCCAGGACAACGGGGGCUGCAGGAAGAACUUCAAGUGUGUGUCGGACCGCAGAGUCGACUCAACAGGCUGUAUGUGUCCUGACGGGCUGCGGCCGAUGAAGGAUGGCUCGGGUUGCUAUGACUACUCGAAGGGCACAGACUGCACGGACGGCUUCAAUGGGGGCUGUGAGCAGCUGUGUCUCCAACAGCUGGUGCCCCUACUAGACAACCCCAGCUCCAGCAACAUCCUCAUGUUCUGUGGGGACAACAACUUCAUCAAAGACUUCCCCCAGCUAGCAGAUGGACUGAUGGUUAUCCCGUUACCUGUGGAGGAGCAAUGUAGAGGAGUGCUGUCUGAGCCACUGUCCAAUGUACAGCUCCUCACAGGUGAUGCUAAGUUCAAUGAGGCUAUGGGCUACCCCAUGGUUCAGCAGUGGAGAGUGAGGAGCAACCUGUACAAAGUCAAGCUCAGCGCCAUCACCUUGUCUACAGGCUUCUCCAAGGUUCUGAAGACACUGACUGCAGAGAGCACCAGAGAGGAGCUGCUGUCAUUCAUCCAGCAGUACGGCAGCCAUUACUUAUCCGAGGCCCUUUACGGCUCCGAGCUCAGCUGCACCAUCUACUUCCCCAGCAAGAAGGCUCAACAGCAGCUCUGGCUGCAGUACCAGAAAGAGGUGACAGACCAGGGCAGCAGGCGCGAGCUCAAAUCCAUGCCCUUCAUCAGCUACCUGUCUGGGCUGCUGAAGACCCAGCUACUGGCAGAGGACCUGGUGAGCGGUGUGGAGAUUCGCUGUGAGGAGAAGGGCAGCUGCCCCUCGGCCUGCCACCUGUGUCAUCAGGCAGGCCGCGAGCAGCCCUUGCCCAUCCCUGUCCUGCUGGAGGUCAGCCGCAUCGUGCCCCUUUACAGCCUGGUGCAGGACAACGUCACCAAGGAGGCGUUCAAGAGCGCCACCAUGAGCUCAUACUGGUGCACAGGCAAGGGCGAUGUCAUCGACAACUGGUGUCGCUGUGACCUGAGUGCCUUCAGUAAAGACGGCCUUCCCAACUGCAGUCCCCUGAGGAAGCCUGUGCUUAGACUGGCCCCUCACCUGGAACCCUCCAGCACCAUGGUGGCCCUGGAGUGGUUGGAUGUGGAGCCACUGAUUGGCUAUAAGGUCUCUGAUUACAUUAUCCAGCACAAGCGGGUGGAGGACCCCUCAGAGGCAGAGAUCUACACAGGUGAGUUGUUAAGUCUGGUGGACGACCUGCUCUCAGGUCUUGGUUCGUCCUGUGUGGUGGCGGGUCGAAGGAACGGAGACCAUCCUCACUCUGUGCUCUACUCGCUGGUCUUCAAGUGCCUGGAGCCCGACAGCCUCUACAAGUUCACCCUAUAUGCUGUGGACAGUCGAGGGAGUCGUUCAGAGUCUAGCUUUGUCUCAGUGCGGACGUCUUGUCCAAUGGUAGAUGAUAGCAGAGCAGAAGAGAUAGCAGACAAGGUAUAUAACCUGUACAACGGCUACACCAGUGGCAAGGAGCAGCAGACGGCCUACAACACUCUGAUGGAGAUUCCUCCUCCACUGCUUUACAGGGUGCAGCACCACUACAACUCCCACUACGAGAAGUUUGGAGACUUCGUCUGGCGGAGCGAAGAUGAGCUGGGACCCAGGAAAGCACAUCUGAUCCUGCGCAGAGUGGAGAGGAUCAGCCGGUACUGCCGGGCCCUGCUCCACAGCGCAUACAUUCAGAGCCGCACAGACACCAUGGCCUACGUGUUCUGUCGCAGCGAGGAGGUUCGGCCCACCAGCAAAGUGUGGCAUGGCUCCCUGCAUGAGACCCGCACCACCUGCAUGGAGAAACUGAUCUCAGUACAACGCAGCACAUACGGCAACGCCAAGCUCCGAUGAGACAAGCUGCCCGACGACACAAUGACAGCCGCCUCCUCCUCGUUUCUGGUCUCUCCACUGACUGGUAUUUUUCCAAAUCAGGAGAGCCCUUAAACCUCGACCCCACUGGACAUUGUUAGAACUACUGUCAAACACCCUCAAAUGCUUUUUUGGAAAAAGUGCUAAGAACUGCUUGAAGAGGGAAGACGGUUUGGAUGUACAUGCCAGUGACCACCACUAUCAAUGAGGUUGGAGCAAUGUGAGCAUGUAAAUUAUCAUUCAACCCAGAGCAAAUUGGUUGGCAAAAAAAUACUGAAUGUAAUAUUGCAGUUUCUCAUGGUACUUCGACUGGAAGCGUACCAGGGAGACAAACAAACAAAAAAACAACUCCCUGUUUGUCUCUCCUCUUGGCUGGAGGGAUGUGAAAGAGAGCGAUUAGAUUUGAUUUGAUUCAUUUGUAAUACUUAAACAUAGCACCACUACAAUAAUGUCGUCGUUUUAAUGCAGACAACAUAGUGUUUAUAAUAAAGGCUACGGAGAAAUCCUGUGUGACGGAUUGUGAUGUCAUCAGCUGUACCGUACGGUGUGUGUUAACGCUUUGCAGCUAGAAAAGUCCUCAACCAGCAGUGUUUCCUUUUUUUUGUUAGUUUGUUUAUUGUGGUUUAUCUCCUCAGAUGUUGACAGAGGUGGAGAGCUCCUAAACCACAGGGAAAAUCCUUAUUUAGAAAAGAGUCCAUUCAAAUGGUCCACUGGUGAAUAUAGGUAACGAAAAAGAAAACAUUUUCAUAGGAAAAUAUUCCAAAUUACUUCAAGAUUUGAUGCUAUAUGUAUGGAUUGCAGGGUGAUGGCAGGUGAAUGCCAAUGAGUAAUGAAACGCUAUAAAGGAAUCAUGUUUAAUCGUUUGGAUCUUGUAGGAUCCCUUCCCUCAAGGAAACAUUUACUUGACUUUCCAUCUCUCAAGAGCCAUGGACAUAAAAAUCCAACUCAUUGUUUUUUUUCUAUUGAUUAUCAUUUCACGUUAUAUCAAUUGUAAUAGUAAAUUAUUAUAUUGUAAAUAUGAAAUUGUAAAUAACAUAUGUAUUAUUAUGUGGCUUUAAUUGUCUUUUUUUUCCGAGAGAAUGUGAAAUAUUAAAUACUAU